AUGCCUCAAUCGGAGCGAGUUGGAGCAAUUUGGAGGGAGAAUGAGAAUCACGUAAAGAGUCAGGAUGGUAAGUUAUCAGGAAGGAGGGGAUGACGACCUCUGCUUCAGUCUCUUCCAACAACUCCUUUCGGCCCAACUUUACCAGUAUCGCCGAGUUGGAUACCGACAAUAACAAUGUGAUCUCCAAACCAUUAAUAAUCCCGCGACAAGAUGGACUCGAGCCCGCGGGGCCGGAGAGGGAACAGUGGGCUGGAAAGGUGGACUUCCUUCUGUCAGUCAUCGGGUUCGCGGUCGAUUUGGCAAAUGUGUGGCGUUUUCCUUAUCUUUGUUUCAAGAAUGGUGGAGGCGCUUUUCUGAUUCCUUACACCUUGAUGCUCGUUUUGGCCGGCAUUCCCUUGUUUUAUAUGGAAUUGGCACUUGGCCAAUAUUACCGGAAAGGGGCCAUUUCGACCUGGGGACGGAUCUGCCCGUUGUUUAAGGGCAUCGGAUACUGUGUGAUCAUGACCGCCUUCUACACUGACUUCUUUUAUAACGUCAUCAUCGCCUAUGCCCUCCAUUAUUUCUUUUCUUCAUUCAGACCGGAACUACCGUGGACCUCUUGCAAGAAUGAUUUCAAUAGUCCGGCAUGUUAUGAGCCGAGUUGGAAUCGAGAUCUUGGCCAAGAAUGUAGUUCGACACCCAUCUUCCUCAACUCCUCUCACAAAUAUCUCAAGCCAGUGUCAGCGGCCGAAGAAUAUUUUUAGUAAGUGGUCGUAAUUAAUGAAAAAUAAGUAUUCAGCAAGGCUUUUCUUGGUGUCCAUGCGACCAAAGAGCCAAAUGCCCAUAUAAUCAGAAGCAUGACAGAGCUGGGGGAUAUGAAUUGGGGUCUGGUUGCUUGCACUCUGAUCGUCUAUCUUAUAUGUUACUUCUCUCUUUGGAAGGGCAUCUCCACAUCAGGGAAGGUUGUCUGGUUUACAGCGAUCUUCCCUUACGUUGUACUCGGCAUUCUAUUGAUCCGUGGUGUUACUCUUCCCGGCUCUUUGAAAGGAAUCCAGUAUUAUUUGACCCCAGAUUUGGAAAGACUAAAAGAACCCGCAGUUUGGCAAGAUGCGGCCACUCAGAUAUUCUUCUCCUUGGGCCCUGGAUUCGGAGUUUUGAUGGCCUACUCGAGUUACAAUGACUUCCAUAACAAUGUCUACUUGUAAGUUGUAAAAAGUACUGUAUUAUUACUCUAUGGCGUAUUAAAAUCUGUGCUUUCAAGCGAUGCUUUGCUCACGAGUCUAAUUAAUUGCGGUACCAGUUUUCUGUCCGGGUUUGUGAUAUUCUCGGUAAGUGGUCUUUUUUAUUUUUUCCAUAUGUGAACAUGUUAUCCAGGUACUGGGUUAUAUGUCUUGUAAAAGUGGAAAGCCAAUCCAUGAAGUCGCUCAAGAAGGUCCUGGCCUCGUCUUUGUCGUUUACCCUGAGGCAUUGUCCACAAUGCCCGGCUCCCGAUUCUGGUGUAUCAUCUUUUUCUUGAUGCUUCUGACGCUAGGAUUGGACAGUUCGGUAAGUUCAGUGCAAUUUUAAAGUCAACCUUCAGUUCGGCGGAUCCGAGGCUAUUAUAACUGGGCUCAGCGAUGAGUAUCCGAUCCUAAAAAGACAUCGGGAAGUGUUCGUGGGAUGUCUCUUCUCCUUUUAUAUGAUUGUAGCAUUAUUUCUAUGUACAGAGGUAGGUUAACAAAGCACGAAAAGUAACAAUCGAAGGGGGGCAUUCUGGUAAUGGAAUGGCUGAUUGUUUAUGGGACCACCUGGGGUCUUCUGAUAGCUGUCUUCACGGAAGCCAUGGUCAUCUCCUUUAUCUAUGGGAUCGACCAGUUCAGCGCUGAUAUCCAGGAGAUGAUGGGAUUCCGGCCAGGCUGGUAUUGGCGUCUUUGCUGGAAGUUCUUUGCUCCAAUUUUCCUUUUAGUAAGCAAUAGAUUGCUAAUUUUCGAUGAGAAUUUGUAUCAUGUUUAGGUGAUGAUUAUGAGUAGUUUCAUCAAUUAUCAGCGUCAUCAGUAUCAGGAUUAUGUAUACCCCGACUGGGCGAAUGCUCUAGGAAUAACGUUUGCUCUGACCUCAGCUUCGGCUAUCCCCAUUAUGGCUGUGAUCGUGCUCAUCAAGCAGAAGGGAGAUAGCUGGUCUCAGAAGUUGACCAACAGUCUGACCCCAGUCAAACGACAGCUCGCCAGAAAUGAACAUCAAACUCAGUUAAACGCAAGUGACGUCAUGCUCUGA